UGUUUUGUCACGCGCCCCUCGCAAAACCUCCCCUGCCGCCGCCACCAUGGAGAGUGCGCCGCAAACCCCCACCACGGCGGCCGCCGGCGAUGCCCUUCGCGUAGCCGACCUCCCGGGGCGCGGUCGCGGUCUCGUGGCCGCCCGCAACGUCCGCGAGGGUGAGGUGCUCCUCUCCGAGCCUCCCGUCCUCCUCUACCCGUCCACCCUCUCCUCUCUCGCCUCCUAUUGCUCCGCCUGCUUCCGCUCCCUCCCCGCCGCCGCCACGGUUCCCUGCGCUUCCUGCCGCGCCGCCGCCUUCUGCUCCCCGGCAUGCGCCGCCGCUUCGCACCCGCGCCUCCUCUGCGCCGCGCUGUCCCACGGCGGCGGCGCCGGCGUCGCCGCCGCGGCCCCCACCGAGGCGAUCCAAGAGCCGCUCCUCUUCCUCCUCUCCGCCUACUCCCUCCCAGAGUCAACCAUCCACUCCAUCCUCUCCCUCUCCUCGGCGCCGCCCCCGCCCCCGGGCGCGCAGGACGCCGCGGGGCUCCACGCUGCGGUGGCGGCCCUAGCGCCGCCGCACAUGCUUCCCCAGGGCUUCUCGCCAGACCUAACGGCGGCGCUCCUUGCCAAGGACCGGGCCAACAGCUUCGCCAUCAUGGAGCCGUACCGCGUUGGGAUGUCGCUCGAGCUCCUGAAGGCGCGGGCCUACGCGGUGUACCCCCGUGCUUCGCUGUUCAACCAUGACUGCCUGCCCAAUGCGUGCCAUUUCGAUUACCCCGACAGGCCUGGGCCGGGGAACACUGACAUUGUGGUGCGUGCACUCCAUGACAUACCUGAGGGGAGGGAGGUCUGCAUCAGCUACUUUGCGGCCAAUUGGAGGUAUGCUGAUAGGCAGCGCAGGCUGCUGGAGGAUUAUGGGUUCCGGUGUGAGUGUGAUCGCUGUCAGGUGGAGAGCCAGUGGAAGGAUGAUGAUGAUGAUAACAAUGGAGGUGAUGGGGAUGACACCAUGGAAGAGGAGGGUGAGGACGAUGCUGGAGAUAGAGGUGAUGAUGGGAUGGAGGAGGAAGAGGGGGAUGGUGCUACCGAUGGCAAUGAUGAUUUCCCACAUGCCUACUUCUUUGUUAGGUAUUUAUGUGACAAUGAGGGUUGCUGGGGUAUGCUUGCUCCAUUGCCACCCUCACCGAAUGGGGACCUGUCCCAUGUGUUUGAAUGCAAUCUCUGUGGGAAGCUGAGGAAGGAAGAGGAUGCCAUGCCUGAUGAGGGCACUUCUGGCAUGGUACAUUAGGACGAUGAGUGAUGAAAACAUACUGAUCUGUGUGCUGCUUCCUUUAGUGGUAGGGAGCGCAAAAUUAAAAACUUUCAAUGGACAUGAGCAUGUUGAUGAAGCCCUCAACACUCUACUCUCCUGUUGAUAUUAGUUAAUGUUUGUUUUUUAGAUCAAAUAUGUAAUCUAUGUCCCCAGCAUGAGAGAAACACUACUCUUUCUUUCUUAGCUAAUGAUGGUCUAUUAUACCUUUAGUAGUGACAUUAUUUGUCCUGCUUCUUAAACAAGGCAUUAUGUAUUAUCUCUGAACUUACGAUGUCAGCCUUUCGAUAAAAGUGGAGAAAGUUGGAAGAUGAUCUCUAGCCAUGUAAAGCGAAUGAGAAUGGGCCAAUGUCCAUAACUCUUCCAAGACCAAGUCAGAGGGGGAGUAAGCAGUUCAUCGAUGAUAGGCCAUUUAUCCCUAGGGGAUGGUCAGUGGUGCUAAUCCCCACCCACCUUAAUUUAGUAGUGUUCAUGUUAAUUAGGCUGGAUCCUGUCAUUCCUGUGGCCAAGGUCUUCUGUUUUAACACAAUAAGCUUACUUAGGAGAGUGGGAUGGAGUGUCAAAAUGGCACAUCAUUUCAUUUUUAGUUUCAUGGAGAUAUCCAAUUUGAACAGUGUCUAGGCUUGAGGACUUACAAAUUUCUCUACGAAUUGUCCUCUUGGGUCAUACUGAUGAGAAAACUGUGAUAAUAAAAUUCACCUGUUUUGAUGUUUACCUUGAGCCUUGUAAAGGUUCUCAUCAUUUAUUAACAUUUCAUCAUGCUCCACAAUCAGCUAUGUUCCAUUUUCAAGGAAAAAUGACUACAUUACAUGUUUACAUUGAUUGUGGACAGAAUUGGAACAAUAUAUAUAUAUGUCACUGAUUUUUCUGAUAUGCAAAUCAUUUAA